AACUUAGGAUUCAAGAGUUUUUCUAAAAUGUCGUCUUUAAUGGAUUCGUUCAACGGUGACUUGUCACCAAGAAGUCACUCCGUAGCAAACUAUACUAAGAAGGAAGCUAUGGAGGACGCAUCAGACGAGGAGAGGGGAGUUCUGAUGCAGAUGCAGGAACACUUCUACAGACAGGCUCUCAUGACAGAGAAAGCCAAGUACGACAAGUUUUUCCGAGAGGAGGUAAGUCGAAUGCUGGGGAUAGCGGCCCAGCGCAGACGACAAUAUGGCCUCCCGAAGAAGAGCCACGAGUCAUGUGACACCAUCAAGGCACUGCGCGAGUGGAUCACGUGGGAAACUAAGCGAAUCAGCAUCCACCGCGAUAACGAGGACGAGAAUGACGUCGUUAGAAAUCUGCGCAUGCUCCUGAACAGGAUCGACUACGUCAAGAUCCUUUUUUCAGACAUCAAGCGGUAUUUGAUCACGCCCCUUCUCACGUACUUUGCCAUCAGCGCUGAGUUCAACGCUGAACUCUUAACAGUUAGAAGAGACCUCAUGAAGGGGAAGCAACAAUGUGAGAAGCUUUUGUCAGACGACUACAAGCAGAUCACAGACGGGCAAGCGUUCGAAGCCAUACCAAACGAGAAGCGAUUUCCCGUUCUAGUGGUCGUACCGAAAGCCAUAGCCAUCCUCUGCCUCAUCACCGACCUCACCACAAAAUGGCGGAUACAUUCCCAGUUCGAAAACAACCUGGACAACUUGUGGACUCGUCGUGCCUCCUUGGACACCCCUCAGAUGCUGCAGUCAAAGAAGGAAGAAAUCACACAACUCGAGAACAGCGUGCAGACGGCUCAGAGGGACUUCGACGAAAUCUCGCGAGACGUUCGAGAGUUUGAACGAGAGGCGAAGGAUGCCCAGUUCAGCAGCCAGUACUCGGGUACGUCUGACAAGUUAGAACAGGCAGAGCAGUUGGUGAACAAGCUGCUACAAGAAGAAAGAAAACUUCAGAGAAAGAUAAAGAGCAUGACAGAGCGACUACGAUCCACUAGAGUAGGAGCUGUCAAAAUCAGAGACAUGCUCAGCCAGUCCAAGGAACAACUUGCCAAAACGCAAGAAGCUCUUCAGACAAGAUCAGAGGAGUUUGAAGAGUUGUCGUCAAGAAAGAAAGAAUUCGACGACUCGGAACAGGAGUUCCUGCGAGGAGGCUUCGACCAAAGAAGAGUAGAACUCAUGCAGAUGAAGGAGAGACAGAGACAUGCCAAGAAGAAGUUACGUCAACUUGAGGAUCGGCGUGAGCGGAUAAAGCAGGAUUUCCGGGCGGUGCGUGAGGAGCUAAUCUCUCUGGACACCGAGCACGACAAGGUCACGCAGGAUUACGACUACGUCAAGGGCAUCAUGGACGCCUCACUCAAGUCACUCUGGAGAGAUCAGUCUCCCGAUGCCAUCUCCGUUCUACCCAACAGGAUGACACGAGAGAAACUAAGAACGGUACCCAUCUAUGACAUCCACCAGCCGAAGGGCAUCUGCCUGAUUAUCUCUAACGAGAUCGUGCGGAACAAGGCGAAGUGCCGACAUAGCGUGAGGAAAGACCUAAGGGGCCUUGCCAGCCUGUUCAGACAGUUUGGCUACCAGAUCGUUGUCAAGGAGAAUCUGACGUCAUCGCAAAUCAUCGAAGCGCUGAUCUCGCUGUCUGACGAGUACCAUGAGUUCAGCGGGCGAUACAGCUCGGUAGUUGUGGUGAUCAUGGCGCAUGGAGACGCCUCGGGUAGACUGGUGGGCACGGAUCUGCAGCCUGUGUCAGUCAACGAGCUGACGGCACACUUCCAGCACACACGCUGUCCCAGUCUCAUGGGCCAGCCCAAGAUGUUCUUCAUUCAGACGUGCAUGGAGCUUGUUCUGGAGGCGCAGCGACUGGGCAACCCCGACGUACCGGGGGACAUCUCACCGAGACGGAACGGCUUCAAGUCAACCUUCAGUCUCAACAGCUUCGGUCCGCUCGUCGUGACACCCGAAGAACCGAGACUACCCGACAACAGUGACUUCUUCGUGGCACAAGCUACCGUCUUUCCUCCUCUAACCACCCCCAUUCUAACCUCCUCCCUCAUCGUACAAGACAGAAGCUGUUCGCCUGAGAACUGUUUCCUGAACGCCAUUGUUCGCAUCUUCGCCGAGUACGCAUGCGUGGAAGAUUUGCUGAGCAUGAUGGGAAGGGUAGAGGACUGCGUUGCUAGCACGGGCAGCCAUGACAGUUACACCGGACGUAGCUCACCACUACAGAUGUCGUACGUCAAACAUACGUUAGGAAAACAGAUCUUCUUUAUGCCAGGCAUGUAGAGUACUUUCUGUCGCAAACAAUUGUAAUCGCGGCAUCUUACAUUGGAUAAAUGAACUAACUGUAACCAUUUAACUGUUUUAGUGUGUUCGGAUAAAACAAGAGAGUCCAAAAAAACUGCAAGGCUAUACCGGAAUUUCUGGGCUAAUAUUAAGCAUACUUGCUGGUCUUAUAAAGGCUUAAAUGUACAGCAGGUACAUUUUUGGUCUGAGUAAUUUUGAUAGUAUUUUCAGAAUGUAUAUGUACAUAUAUUCUCCCAUUUUCUGGUCUUUGAAUACAGCUAUUGCAACUGUAAUGUUCUAACAAUCUAAUGCCUUUAAGUCAAUAAGGCAUUAUAAAUCUGUAUACUCUAUGUGAAUAUGAUGAAUAUUUCAAAGUGAACAUCUAAAGAAAUAAAUAAAGAGACUGUUCGAGG